CCCUAGCCUUGCCUUCGUUCUCUUCUCUUUUUCUUCUUCUUCCUAUUCUUCGCCUUGUUAUUUUGUUUUUACUCGUCUUCUUCCCUUAAAUCUUUUCUUGCAGUCCGCCUCUGCCGCCGGUGAUCCUCGCCGUUAUCCUUCCUUGAACAGUGGCUUUGGAAGAUAGGUUUCGAUUUCUUUUGUGGUAUUGGGAGUUUAUUAAAAUGAAAAGAGGAAAAGUUAAAAAGUGAUCAGUGCCUAUACAUAUAGAUGCUCAGAAGAUGUUGGCUAUGGUUGAUCUCGCGUCAAAAUCUUAAUGCACAGACCACAGUAGGUUUGGGAAACUAAUGGCUAAAGAAGAACACCCUAUAUUUUCCAUCAAAAUUUAAUUUGGUCCAGUGUGUGGGCGCUCUGGACGAAUUUUGAUGGAAACGUGGGCAAACCUGUUCCACAGAUUACUCCACGCCUUGAAACAUUUCCCAUCAAUGAAGGGGAAAACGAUAAUAAACUGUAGUUGUUGUCGGUAGCUUUUUUCCAUAUUCACUGCUCUUGAGAUGUUAAUGUCAGGGGGGCCAGAGGGAUGCGCCAUUAUAUACUUGCUCCGAUCGUCCGUACGUCGGAGCGGGAUUAAAGGAUGCCGAUGCAGGGAAGACGUUACUGGCUAUGGGAACUGUUGAUCUUCACCGCUAUGGUAGCGCUGGAGUGCGCCGUUGUCGGCCUCACCACUAUCUACAAAGCCGCCAUCACCAAGGGUUUGAACUACCACGUUUACAUGGCGUAUACCUACGCCAUCGCCGCUGCCUUCCUCCUACCUCUCGCUUGUCUCAGCCACAGGAAUACGCCGCUGCCUCCAUUAACCGUCGUCCUGCUCGGCAAAUUCUUCAUUCUCGGUUUUCUAGGGUUUACAGAACAAUACCUGAAGUAUUUGGGCAUGGCGUAUAGCAGUCCAACUCUUGGAUCCGCCAUGGGCAAUAUCAAUCUUGCCUGUACCUUCUGUCUUGCUAUUCUCUUCAGGAUGGAGAAGUUAAAGCUGAGAAGUUUAAGUAGUCAGGCAAAGAUCAUUGGAGCUUCAAUGUCCAUUGCAGGUGCUCUAGUCAUCGUGCUGUACAAUGGCCCGAUGCUUAUACCUGCACAUGAUAAGGACUUAAGAAUAUCAAUUACCGAUCGUGUAAUGUCUGGUGCUCAGUAUGAUUGGAUACUCGGUGGUACCUUGCUUGCUGCUGGAAAUGUAGUCUCAUCCAUUUGGUACAUUUUCCAGACAAUUUUUGUGAAGGAGUAUCCGGCAGAGUUCAUAUUAGUGUUCUUCUUCAGUUUCUUUGGCUUCUCUCUAGCCUUGCCUGUCGGCAUUGCCUUCGAACCCCAUCUCAGCUCAUGGAUCAUCCCUCCGGAUAUUCGCCUGGUGUCUGUGCUCUACUCGACAAUUUUUGUGAAGGAGUAUCCGGCAGAGUUCAUAUUAGUGUUCUUCUUCAGUUUCUUUGGCUUCUCUCUAGCCUUGCCUGUCGGCAUUGCCUUCGAACCCCAUCUCAGCUCAUGGAUCAUCCCUCCGGAUAUUCGCCUGGUGUCUGUGCUCUACUCGGGUAUAGUUGGAACUGGAAUCGGGUACGUGAUUAACGCGUGGGGUUUGCACGUUAAGGGCCCUGUUUACGUCUCCCUGUUUAAGCCUCUGGCGAUCCCCAUUGCCACCGUCGCCGGGGUCAUUUUCCUCGGAGAUCAGCUCUAUCUUGGCUGCGUGAUGGGAUCCAUAAUUAUUGCAGUCGGAUUUUACACACUCAUGUGGGGGAAGCUGAAAGAGGAGAUGGUCGAGGAGCUGUCCCCGCCGUCGGAUCAUCAUUCGGCGGCAGACUCAUCGGACGGCUUGGAUGAUAUCGUCGCGCCUCUCAUAAAACGUUGAGUUCAUUAGAAUAUGUUAUUAAGUUCCGUCGAAGGGAAAGGUUAGGGUGUUGAAUUUGGAAAAUCAGUACCAUGCUGAUUUUUCAAAUUAUCAUAUGUAAAAUAUAGAAACAACAGACGUCUUUAUUAUAUACGACAUGUAUUGUUUGUAAUAAAGACAUGUGUUGUUAGUUCAUAAUUAUAGCAUGUGUUGUAUGAGAGUAUGGGCUGAAUUGAAAUCAAGUAUUGUUAGUGUUGUGUGAAACAAUAUAAUGUGUUUUAUUUGUAUUAUAUUAAAAUAUAUUAUGUGUUGUUUACGGUAACUAUUCAGCAUUCAACAUUGUAGCCACCGG